AUGGGUGAUGCUGAUAGACAUAUUAAAAUGGAAAUUGAUUACUCAUCAGUUGUCGAUCAAAAACUUAAAGAAUGUGAUGAGCUUAUGAAAGAUCCAUCGAAAUUAAACGAAGCACUUGAUCGAUUAUUACCACUUGAAAAGCAAACACGUACUGCGGCUGAUGCGAUUUCUACAGGACGUGUUCUUGUUGCUAUUGUAAAAUAUUGCUAUGCAGGAAAACAAUGGGAAUUAUUAAAUGAACAUGUUGUUACAUUAUCCAAACGUCGUAGUCAAUUGAAACAAGCCAUUACAAAAAUGGUACAAGAAGCUUAUGAACUUGUCGAAAAAACACCUGAUUUAGAUACAAAAUUGAAAUUAAUUGAAACACUUCGUAAUGUUACUACAGGCAAAAUUUUCGUAGAAAAUGAACGUGCUCGUUUAACAAAAAAAUUAUCUGAUAUUUAUGAAAGUCAAGGUAAAACAAAAGAAGCCGCAGAAAUUUUACAAGAACUUCAAGUAGAAACUUAUGGCACAAUGGAUCGUCGAGAAAAACUUGAAUUUUUACUUGAACAAAUGCGUUUAUGUUUAGCUAAACAUGAUUAUAUUCGAACACAAAUUAUAUCAAAAAAAAUCAAUAUCAAAUCUUUUGAAGAUGAAGCAUCACAUGAUUUAAAAUUGAAAUAUUAUGAAUUAAUGAUUGAAAUGGAUUUACAUGAAAAAAAUUAUUUUGAUGUUUGUCAACAUUAUAAACAUUAUUAUGAUACACCACGUAUAAAACAAGAUGCGGAAAAAAUGAAACAAGCAUUAAAAUAUGUUGUACUUUAUUUGGCUUUAUCACCAUAUAAUAAUGAACAAUCAGAUUUUUUACAUCGUUUAUUUCUUGAUAAAAAUCUUGAACAAAUUCCAAAAUACAAAGAUUUAUUACAACGUUUUAAAACUCAAGAAAUUAUUCAUUGGAAAGAUAUACUUAAAAAUUUUGAAAAUGAACUUAAACAUGGUAGUACAAAUGAACCAGCAACAACUGUUUUUGCAAAUACUGAAAAUGGAAAAAAAUGUUGGGAAGAUUUUAAAGUUCGUGUAGUUGAACAUAAUAUUCGUAUUAUGGCUAAAUAUUAUACUCGUGUUCGUACACAAAAAAUGGCUGAUUUACUUGAUUUAACUAAAGAUGAAGCUGAACAAUUUUUAUCAAAUCUUGUUUCCAAUAAAACAAUUAUUGCCAAAAUAGAUCGUCUUCAAGAUAUAGUUACAUUUCAACAAAAACAAUCUCCACAAGAAAUUCUUAAUGAAUGGUCGGUUAAUCUUAAUUCAUUAAUGACAAUUAUUAAUAAAACAUGAUCAAAUGCUGUUGAAUGGCCAAAACCAAUUACAUAUUCAUCUUCAUCUUCGGCUCAAGUUAUUUCUGAUCUAAUUUCUCGAGUACUUGAUAAUGCUCCAUCUGCUAAGCUUUUUCAAGUUUCCAUUCAACCAGAUUUAGCUGUCAAUGGCAAAGAUGUUUUUGUACUUUCUAAUGGAUCAACAUCAGGUUCAAUACAAAUUUCUGCAUCAACUGGUGUGGCUGCUGCUUGGGGUUUUAAUUAUUAUUUGAAAUAUGUAGCAGAUAGUUCAGUUUAUUGGUCUGGAAAAAACAUUCGAUUAUCUAAUUCAACAUUAUUUCCAAUACAUGAACCAAUUCGAAUAGUUGCUAAUGAUUUGUAUCGUUGGUAUGGAAAUCCAUGCACAUUUAGUUAUUCAGCUGUAUUUUGGAAUUUCUCAAGAUGGGAAAAAGAAAUCGAUUGGAUGGCUAUGAAUGGUAUUAAUUUAGUUUAUGCAACAACUGGAAUGGAAUAUAUUUAUAAUAAAGUAUUUCUACGAAUGGGUUUUCCUCAAACAGAACUUGAUGAUUAUUUUACUGGUCCUGCAUUUUUAGCUUGGUUUCGUAUGGGUAAUCUUCAAAAGCAUGGUGGUCCUUUAUCGAAUCGUUGGCAUCAAUCACAAUUUCAACUUGCUAAACAGAUCAUUCAGCGAAUGACUGAUAUUGGUAUUAUACCAGUUUUACCUGCUUUUACUGGUUUUAUGCCACGUACAGCACCAUCACGUUUUCCUUCAGCUCAAUUUCAUAAUUCAUCGGAUUGGGUUGGUUUUGGAUGUAAUGAAUCAUGUUUGCCAUAUCUCGAUCCAACUGAUUCAUUCUUUCAAAAAGUUGGAGUUGAACUAUUAAAUGAAACAAUCACUCUACUUAAUUUAACAUCUCAUUUUUAUGCUUGUGACUUAUUUAAUGAGAUGACCCCACCUACUAGUGAUCUUGAAUAUUUGGCUGAUGUGAAUGCAGGUAUUUUUCAAGCAAUGAAAACAGUUGAUCCAAAUGCUGUUUGGGUUAUGCAAGCUUGGCUAUUCCUUUCAGAUUUUUGGAAACCUGAUCGAGUUCAAAGUUAUCUUAGUAAAGUUCCUAUAGGUCAUCUAAUUCUUCUCGAUUUAUAUUCUGAAUCGAUUCCAAAAUAUUCCCAAUUUGAAUCAUUCUAUGGUCAUUAUUAUAUAUGGAAUAUGUUACAUGACUUUGGUGGAAAUAAUGUUCUAUUUGGUUCACUUCUUAAUGUUACUAAAGGUCCACAAACAGCACGUAAUUUUUCAGGUAAUCAAAUGAUUGGUGUUGGUAUUACUAUGGAAGGUAUUAAUCAAAAUGAAAUUAUGUAUGAAUUUGCUCUUGAACAAUCAUGGCGUAGUCCACUGAAUGACACAGAAUUAAGUGAUUGGCUUGUUGGAUUUGUUAUGCGUCGUUAUGAGAGUGAUCAUCCUAUACCUGGUUCAGCAUUAUAUGCAUGGCAAUUAUUAGGUGAUUCAGUUUAUGCAAAAAAUCCUCGUGGUGAUGGAUCAAUGAUGUUAUAUCGACCAAGACUUAAUGGUGAACAAGAUAUUACUUUUGAUCUCAAAUCAUUAUUUUCAGCAUGGGAAUUAUUAAUUGGCGCAUCAGAUGAAGUUCAUUCGGAUUUAUUUCGAUAUGAUUUAGUUGAUAUAACUAAAGAAGUUCUUCAAUAUAAAUUUUAUGAUGUUUAUACUAAAUUAAUAUCUGCUUUUAAUCAAAGUGAUCUUUAUGGAGUUAGUACUCAAGCUGCUAUUCUUGUUGAUAUAUUAGCUGAUACUGAAUUAAUAUUAGCUUCUGAUCGUCGAUUUCUAUUAGGAAAUUGGAUUAAUGACGCAUUACAAUUUGCUCAAAAUGAAGAAGAUAUACAUUUUUAUAAUUUCAAUGCCAAACUUCAAGUAUCAAUUUGGGGAAAUAAUUAUACUUUAGGACUCUAUGAUUAUGCAAACAAAUUUUGGUCAGGAAUGAUUCGAGAUUAUUAUGCACCACGAUGGUAUGUUUUCUUUGAUAUUUUACUUAAAUGUCUUGUCGAAGGUCAUCCACUGGAUUGGAAGGUUUUGAAUGAACGGUUAUUUUUAGAAGCAGAACUACCAUUCUUUAUGUUAGAUACAAAAGUUUAUCCCACAACUACACAAGGUGAUUCGAUUACACUUGCUCGUGAAUUAUUUAAUAAAUAUCAUUUAUCUUUAAAUGAAAUUCAUUUACCAGAAAAAUCUUCGAAAAAGAAAUUUCCAUUUAAAUAUCAUUUUGAUUAG